AUGGUCUCGACAUUGCAGAUGCAAAAUUACUACCGGCAAUCUGGUUUGACGGUAGACACCGCACACGCACAACAAAAAUACUUCGACGAGGAGGAUUGCAUAUUAGACGACAGCAUCCUCGACCAGAACGCCAUGGACUCCGGGCUUGAGAUGUCACCGAAUAUGGCCGACAGCAGGAGAGAAUCCUUUGCUGUUUCGACCACGCUCUUCUCUCCCAAAAAUGAGCCAUGGGCCGCUGUGGACAUGGAGUCAAACCCAUCCCAGAUGUCCAACAACCCCUUCAUGGACAACCAGAUGGAACACCAACAAUCUCAGCACGCGCACCAGCCUCAACCACAACCUCAGCAUCUCAACAGCAACAACCCCUUCUACCGUAUGGACCAACAUCAAUUCCAGCAGCCUCAGCCUCAGACCUUCGUUUCUCAACCAACUAACCCCUGGUCCAUGAGCAACUCUGGUUCCUGCACCCCUAUGGCGCAGUUUGAUGGCCUUCCCACCGACUAUGAUAACAACCACAACAACAACACCAACACCAACGCCGGUAUUCCCUUUCAGCGGCCUCAAAUGCAAGGCCAGACGCCCUUUAGCAACCCGGGGAACCAGGUUCCAAUGUUUCCUCCUGUCAGCGGCCAUCCUAUGCAGCAGUCUGGCUCGAAGGACGGUUGGAUGACUGGUCUCAAGGACCCAAAGAAUGACGGCGCUACUAUCAGGUCGCACAACGAGCUAAGGAGAGGAGACGGCAUCCGCAAGAAGAAUGCUCGUUUUGACAUUCCAGCCGAGCGCACGCUCAACAACAUCGACACCCUGAUUGCUCAGUCGACCGAUGAGACCGAGAUCAAGGAGUUGAAGCAGCAAAAGAGGCUGCUGCGCAACCGGCAGGCAGCCCUUGACUCGAGACAGAGAAAGAAGAUGCACACCGAGCGGCUCGAGGAUGAGAAGAAGCAAUUCACCUCAAUCAUCGGCGAUUUGGAAGCAGACAUGGAGCAGAUGCGGCUGCAGAUGGAACAGAUGAUGCGCGAGAAGCAGCAAGACGUCCAGCUCAUCGAACAACUCAAGUUCGAGAAGGAGGAGAUGGUUCGUACUCACACCAUCGAGACUGGUGAGCUGCGCAAGAAGGUUAGCGUUCUCAGCAACCACGUCCAGGCGUUGGAGAACCAAGCCAUGUCUCAGGCCAAUGGCAUCGCAAACCAAGCCUUCACGGGUGCAGCCUUCGGCGAUAUGGAGGGAAUGACUAUGGAUGGUCCUUGGGAUGGCAUGGGUCUGUUCGGUGCCGACUUCCCCAUGGAGCAGCCCGAGGUGAAGCAGGAGAUGCAGAUUGUGCCCGCCAAGAAAUCCGAGGUCAACGUCGCAUCCGAUGUCGAGAAGCCCGCGACCCAAGGUGGCCUACUCUUCAUGCUGUUCCUCGUGGGCGCCUUCGUCCUCUCCAACCGCCAGUCCAACGUCCCCCGCGUCUCUGAAGACGUCAGGGCUGCUUCGGCUUCCAUCCUCGAGAAUGUCCUCAAGGACGCUGGAGUGGCGCAAACUGCUUCUGGCGGUCUGGAGUCCAUGGCCCAGCCUACUGGCACAUCAUGGGCUUCGGCACCAACAGCGUCGAUGCCCGUUCUUGGCAAUGGCUUGGACGGUGUGGCUCCGUCGAUGCUUGGGGACCUGUCUGACAGCCUCACGCAGCCGACCCAAGAGCAGCAAAACGAGCAACUCUUUGGCCUGACUCCCGCGCAGUAUGAAGGUGUGAACUCGCAUGACUUCCUCCAGAACGCGCCCACAGAAAAGUCUACCAGCCAGGGCAGGAAGAAUUUGGCUCAGGCUCUUGCCUCCAUGAGGACCGACAGCAAGGCCGAGGUGUACACGAGGUCGCUUUUGUGGGACCAGAUCCCCGGUGACGUGGUUCGAUCAUUUGCGAAAAUGGUGGCCGAGUGCGGCGGUACGGACAACAGCCAUGGAAAAAUUGCCACAGCAUGA